AUGAAUUUAUCAUUGUCAACAAAUAAAGUUAACGAAAAUAACAUCGAUGUUACAUUAAUGCACGCCAAUAGAAAAGGUACAACGUAUUAUAAUAAUAAUAAUAAUAACAAUUUUAAAAGCAAUAUAAUACAAGUUGAAAAAAAUGUGUUUCGUCAAAAUGAAUUAACAAUGAAAUUAAAUGAUGAUGAAGAACAAUACAAUGAUGAUGAGGAUGAAGAACAAUACAAUGAUGAUGAGGAUGAAGAACAAUACAAUGAUGAUGGUUAA